AUGUACUCUGUGAAGGUUCUGGGUCCCAGGCUCACACAUCUUCUUUUGAGGAAGACCUUCUUUGAGCACUUCUGCGCUGGGGAAAGUAGUCAGGACAUUUUGCCCAAGAUGAGAGAGUUGCAGAAAUACAACGUCGGGGGCAUUCUGGACUACGCGGCGGAAGCCAAGGACGGUGAACUGCCGGAGACGGUGAAGCCCAUCGACGAGGAGGAGACGGUGGGAGCACCGUUGAGCAGCCGAAGCUACGACUACGAGAGCGAGGCGCUCUGCGAUGCGAGGGCACAGAUCUUCCGGGUGGCCGUGCGCGGGGUCAAGGACACGAUCCCGGAUGGCUUUGCAGCAAUCAAGCUGUCGGGCUUGGGGAAUCCGGUGUUGCUCGAGAGGAUGUCGACCUGCUUGGCAGAAGUCUGCCGUUUGUACAAAAGACUGGCUCACGAGGACAUCAACCCCAACGAAAACUACUACAUGAUCGAUCGAUCCUUCAAGAUCGACCUUGAAACCUUCAAGACGGGCUGGCUGAAGAUGUUUGAAGGCAAGAGCGAGGACGAGCUGAAGGCCAUGUUUGAUGCGAUGGACGACAACCACGAUGGAUACAUCAGCUAUCUGGAAUGGUCCUCGGGCGUGAAGCUGUCGGAAAUCAACGAGAUGGUCCGUGGCUGCAAGCAUCAAGGCCGGCUCUUCCAAGCGGCGCUGAAUGAAGAAGAGGUGAAGCUCUAUCGAAACAUGCUGAAGCGUGUGCAGGGCAUUCUGGACCUGGCACAGGAGCUUGGCGUGCGCGUGAUGAUCGACGCCGAGUGGACGGACAUCCAGCCGGCGAUCGACCACAUCACGAUCUUCAUGCAGAGGAUUUACAACAAGGGCGAGUUGCCCAUCGUGUUCAACACGUACCAGACCUAUUUGAAGGGGAUGCCCACACGUGUUCAGCGCGACCUGGAUCGAUCCAGGCGAGAGGGAUGGCGCUUCGGUGCUAAGCUGGUGCGAGGGGCGUACAUGGUCUCUGAGCGACAGAAAGCCUCCCAGCGUGGAUUGGAGUCGCCCAUCUGCGAGACCUACGAGGAGACCGAGGAGAACUUCCACCAAGCCAUCGAUUGCAUCCUGGCCCAUGGAGAGGACAAGACGGAGGCCUCUCCUGGAGGUGCUGCGGCCGAGGUGCUGGUGGCCUCCCACAAUCGGCACUCGGUGGAGCGAACCAUCCAGAAGAUGACUGAGAUGGGUGUGGCCCAGGAUCGGGUGGGCUUCGGUCAGCUCAUGGGCAUGGCGGACCAUCUCACCUACACGCUGGCGCGCUACGGGUACAGGUCCUACAAGUAUGUCCCUUAUGGACCAGUGGAUGAAGUGGUGCCCUAUCUCAUUCGACGCACACAGGCCAGUGAAACUGGGUGA